AUGGUACUGGAUGAGAAUGAGCAGAAGGCUCUAACGGAUUUAAAGAGAAAAAGGGGUGUAAUAAAGGCUUCCCUCACACGUAUUCGUACAUUUGUAACCAGGUUUGAUCCAACGCAGCAGGCCGUAUCGUUACUCGAGUUUAGGCAAGAGGAGCUGCCACAAAUCAACCGAAAAUUUGAUGACGUACAGUCGCAGAUAGAGUUGCUUGUUGGGGAGGAAGAGGCUUCUGAGGUAGAAAGGGAAAAUUUUGAACAAGAUUAUUUUGCAAUUAGAUCUCAGAUUCAGGAACUAACUAGCUUGGAAAGGCCUCACAAUUCAACAGCAGUCAAUGCUUCAUUUGCAGCUAUGAGCAUCCAUCGACAUCAGUUACCACCUAUUCCGCUUCCAAAAUUCAGCGGUAACAUCCAAGAAUGGGCUUCAUUUUUUGAUGUAUUUCGAGCGAUGGUUCAUAACGACGAGAAUUAUACCGCAGCACAGAAGUUUUUCUAUUUGAGAUCAUGUUUGGAAGGUCAAGCUUUGGAGCUCGUCCGUUCAAUUCCAGUCAGCGAUGGAAAUUACGAAGCAAUCAUCUGUCAGCUUAUUCAACGUUACGAUAAUCAUAGUCUUGUGGUGCAAUCUCAUAUCCGCUCCAUCCUCGACUGCCCUCGAGUAGAUGAAUCAAGACCUUCUACUUUACAAGGACUAUAUUCUACAGUUUCCACUCAUGUUGCAGCAUUAAAAUCAAUGGGUCAGCCUGUGGACCAGUGGGAUGCCUGGCUCAUUACAAUCGUCACUAGCCGAUUAGACAGGAGUACGGCGCAUGGAUGGCAAUUGCAUCAGCGCAACUCGAGGCUCCCGAAAUACUCGGACUUGGAAAUAUUUAUAGCAAGUCGUUGCACUGCUAUAGAAACUUCAGAGGCUUGCACAUCGACGUGGGAAAGUAGUUGUGAAGUUCAAGCAAAGGGUUCAAGCGCUAAGAAGACUACAUUGAACAGUGCAACAAAAAGGGCACUUAUUUCUGCAAAUACCAAGUCGGCACGUCCAUGUCCUUGUUGUUCCGAGAGUCAUAGGCUGUUCAUGUGUGAGCAAUUUAAAGGCCUUUCGGUAUCGGAUCGUUUAAACAUGGUGAGGACGUCCCAGCUAUGUUUCAACUGCUUAGCACCAUUUCAUGCUUCGGAAAAUUGUAAAUCAAAGUAUACGUGUUUAAAAUGUAAACAGAAGCACAACACGCUCCUGCAUUAUGAGAACCAUACGACUAUCGCCAGCAACAACAGGAAUAACGACCAAUUUGGCGAUAACACUCCUACUGCAUCAGCACAACACUCAAGUAACAUUGCAGCCCUUGCCACAGCAGGAAGAGGUCAUGUAUUCCUUUCCACAGCAUCUGUCCUGGUUGCAGACAACAACGGUCAAUUAAGGAAAUGUCGCGUUAUAUUGGAUAACGGAUCGCAAAUGAAUUUUGUGUCCAAAAAUUUCGCCAAGUUGUUGCAACUUCCACGUCAUAAAACCAUGGUGCCGAUAAGUGGAAUUGGAGCCGGUCAGAUACAGUCAGUCUCUUGUAUAUCUGUUAAAGUGACAUCUCGUGUAAAACAGUUUGAAGUAGAUUUGAUUUGUCAUGUAUUGCCAGUAGUGGUUGAUGGCUUACCUAAUUGUCCAAAACCAGCAAGCGGAUGGGACAUACCAGAAGACCUGAUACCGGAGCUGGCUGAUCCCUUCUUUGACGUUUCGGGAAAGGUUGACCUACUCAUCGGCGGUGGAACGUUCUUCGAUCUAUUCGAGCCAAAAAGAGUUCGGUUGCCAGCUAGAGGUGUCUGCUUGCAGGAUUCAAAGUUUGGUUGGGUAGUAACAGGAGAAAUUGGCACUACCUCGCUUUUAGCUACAUGCUCUAUUGGACAAGCAUGUGAGGACAAAUUUAGAAUUCUAUGUAAGGAUGAGCUUGAGACAUACGGAGCAUCAUCCAAGUCCAAUAAGAAAUGCAUUGAAGAGCAGAGAGCUCUAAAGCAUUUUGAGGAAACCGCGGAUCGAGACGAGACGGGCCGGUUUGUGCUGCGACUUCCAUUGAAACCUGAAAAAUGUAAACUUGGAAGCACACUAGAGAUGGCCACCACUAGAUUCCUGAGUGUUGAGCGAAGGCUUCAGAAGGAUGAAGAACUGAAGAUGCAAUAUAUAAAUUUCAUGGAGGAAUAUUUGAAAAUGGGCCACAUGAAAAAGGUGUGUCAAGAUUUAAAUCCACCUGAAUAUGUUUUCUAUCUUCCCCACCAUCCAAUAAUUAAAUUGUCAAGCCUCACAACGAAGCUGCGAGUCGUUUUUGACGCAUCGGCUAAGAGCUCUUCGAAUAUAUCGCUGAAUGAUGUCCUUAUGUGUGGACCGACAGUCCAAGAGGACCUGUUUUCAAUUUUGGUAAGAUUUCGCAGAUAUCAGUUUGUUAUAACAGCAGAUAUAGAAAAAAUGUUUAGGCAAAUAAAUGUAGCUUCGGAGGAUCAAGAUUUUCAGGGAAUAGUUUGGCGGUCGCAAUCAGAUGAAGCGCUACAAAUCUAUCGCCUCACCACUGUGACCUACGGGACGACAGCAGCAUCAUUCAUGGCCACCAAUUGUUUAAUAUCGUUAGCGGUAGGUGCAAGGGAAAGUCAUCCAAGGGUUUCAAGAAUCAUACAACGCGACUUCUAUAUGGACGACUUAAUGACUGGCGCCGAUACAACUGAAGAGUGUUGUCAGCUGCAGCAACAAAUUAAUAUGAUCCUUGAUUCAGCAAAAUUGCCUCUGCGAAAAUGGUGCUCGAAUUCGCGUAGUGUUCUGAAGCAUAUUGGAAAUUCAAACACUGAUCCACUAUUUGCAUUACAAAUUAAUGCAGACGAUGUAGUUAAGUCUUUAGGAUUAAGUUGGAAGCCAGAACUGGACGAAUUUCAUUUCACGGUCGAAAACAACACCAUAAGAAUUAAAGCAACAAAAAGGAUGUUACUAUCCGAUCUCAACAAGAUAUUCGAUCCACUCGGUUUCUUAGCUCCAGUGUUAGUGCGAGGGAAGAUAUUUUUACAACAAUUGUGGCAAUUAAAAAUCGAUUGGGACAAACCUCUAGAUGCAGAUCUAACAAGAAGAUGGAACUGUUUCUACAAGGGCCUUGACGAGCUGAGCCGUAUUCCUAUUCCAAGAAAAUGUAUACCAAGUCUUAGUAAUGAGGUGCAAUUGCAUGGAUUUUGCGACGCUUCCGAAGAGGCUUUCGGAGCGGCAAUCUAUGUGCGAAGUAAGAAUCAAAUAGGAAAUUGGACAGCUAGAUUAUUAUGUUCAAAAACACGGGUCGCUCCGUUAAAGGGAUCUACGAUACCACGACUAGAGCUAUGUGGAGCGCUCACCCUUGCCCAAUUGGCCAAAAAGACAGCUGAAGCAUGGGAGUUAGAAAGCAGCAGUAUUUACUUAUGGACAGAUUCGAUGGUCGUCAUCGGAUGGCUCAACAGUGAGACAUGUAGGCUAAAAACAUACGUAGCAAACCGGGUUGAUCAAAUUCUCGAGAUCACAAACCCUAACCAGUGGAGGCACGUCAAAACUGACGAGAACCCGGCAGAUGCUCUAUCAAGAGGUUGGUUGUCCGAGGAUUCAAGCGAUUGCUUAAGAGCGCCCAUUUUAUUGACAAAUGAAGAGUCGCUGCCCGAAAAAAAACCUAUUCGUCUAGCAUUGAUCGCAGUGGAGCCCACGAGAGACCUACUGAAUUAUAUCUCAGUCUGGCAUAAGUUAGUUCGAGCAGCUGCCUGGUUAUUAAAGUUCAUUGAGUUCAGAAGAUCGAAAAACAUCGGUGCAUUAUCAAAUUAUCUUGAUGUAGCAGAUUUAAGAAGGGCUGAAAACGGACUAGUUAAGCGAGCACAGCUGGACAAGUUCAGAGAAGAGCUUCAUGCAUUGAAAGCAGGAAAGGAAGUCUCACGCAGCAGCAAACUGAAGUCUUUGUACCCGCUACUUCGAGACGACAAUUUGAUCUUAGUGGGAGGCAGACUAAACCACGCAAAAUUGACUGAAGAACAAAGGCACCCAAUGAUUUUGCCAUCAGAUCACAAGGUAACUAGAUUAAUUUUUGAAGAUACGCACAAAAGGCUUCUACACUGUGGUCCACAACAACUAUUAGCAAGUGUAAGGCAGCGGUACUGGCCUUUGAGAGGAAGAGUCAUGGCCCGCUCCGUAACAACCAGAUGUGUCACAUGCAUCCGUGCAAGACCAACAUUCUCGCCCCCUCUUAUGGCAGCACUACCGAAGGCACGAGUACAACCUUCCAGACCAUUCACUGUGAGUGGGGUUGAUUUUGCAGGUCCACUAGUUGUUCGCAGUGGAGUUCGGCGUAUCACAGGCGUAAAGACAUGGGUGGCGGUUUUUAUAUGCUUUUCCACCAGAGCAAUACAUUUGGAACCUGUAGUGGGUUUAACAAGUGGAGCCUUUAUAGCAUUACGUCGCUUUAUGUCACGGCGCGGAAAGUGUUCAACAAUCUACAGUGACAACGGAACAAACUUUGUCGGGGCCCAAAAAGAAUUAAAUUCAUAUAUUCAGAAUUGUGACUCACAGUUGGCUCGUGAGGGGAUCGAGUGGAAGUUCAACCCGCCGUCAGCUCCGCAUUUUGGAGGUCUCUGGGAGAGCGCUGUUAAGAGCACCAAAUACCAUUUGAAUCGUAUAUUAAAGGACAGCCGUCUUAACUUGGAAGAGCUAAACACGUUAUUAUGUCAAAUAGAAAGCUGCGUAAAUUCAAGGCCAAUAACUCCACUAAAUAGCGAUCCUUCAGAGCCAGAAGCUCUGACUCCAGGGCAUUUCUUAGUAGGAGGGCCAUUACUAUUGCUUCCAGAGCCCAACACAGAUAGUGGCCCGAUAGAACAUUUACGCCGCUGGAAGUAUGUGCAAGCAUUGAUGAAAGACUUCUGGAAUCGCUGGUAUAAAGAAUAUUUACCACAACUUCAGGUACGAGGAAGAUGGGUAGCAAGAAAGGCAACUUUGCGAGUAGGAGAUGUAGUUAUAAUUAAGGAGGACUGCACUCCGCCCAGCAGAUGGAAGCUAGGCAUUAUAACAACUGUGCACCCAGGGAAGGACGAGGUGGUACGUGUAGUAACAGUUCGCGAAUCGAACGGCACUGAAUGA